AUGAAGGGAUUUUUGGUAUUUGCUUUGUUCGUUGCCUCUGUGGCGGCUCUUCCACAAAAAUUCCAUAUUGGAUAUGGCGGAGGUCGCAUUGUUGGAGGAGAAAAUGCCCAAAGAGGCGAAUUUCCGUUCAUCGUCAGUCUCCGCUGGUAUUAUUUGGGAAUGGAAGUACACCUUUGCGGCGGAAGUAUCAUCGAUAAGAGGCACGUGUUGACUGCUGGACAUUGUAUCACCGAAUUGCCACCUGCUGGAAUGUUAUACGCUGUUGCUGGCAUGACUGACACGGAGAACACGGGAGGAGUCGAGAAAUGGCAAAUAAUUAAGGUUAUUGAACGAAUUGUUCAUGAAGAUUUCCAUGGAGACGUUAAUCCAAAUGAUAUUGCUGUGUUAAAAUUGGAAUUCGAAUUGGAAUUUAACGAAUUCGUUCAACCAAUUGGCUUGUCAGCACGCGGAAAUGACGUCGAAGGUCAAGUUACGUUAGCUGGAUGGGGAUCUACUGACCCGCAACCUAUUGGGAGCACGCCCCCCUCGGAUUUGCAACGUGUCAACUUGCCCAUUGUACCCAUCAACGAAUGUGACGAAGUCAUGACGAGCCUCAUUGGACCUCAUCCUCUCGACAAAAAAACCAAUGUUUGCACAGGACCUCUCACUGGCGGGAUCUCAUUUUGUGCCGGAGACUAUGGCGGCCCAUUGGUACAAAAGACCUCCUCGGGAUACGAACAAGUCGGCAUCGCUUCAUGGGGAAUCGCUCCAUGCGGAUCUGUCGGAGCUCCUGCAGUCUACACCAAAGUUUCCGCAUUCACCGAUUGGGUAGCCAGCAAAAUGAACUAA